UUGGCCUCAAAGUCCUCAUUCUGGACUUCGUUCUUCCAAAGACUCUGGAGCCAAGGGGUGGGCUGGGUACACACACUCAUUUAGGGGACUCAGGGAAGGGUGGCAGAGAGGCAGACAUGUCAGGAUGACCUGGCCUAUUUCGGCUCACUGGGGAUGGGCAAGGACCCUGCUCGUCCUUGGGUCUGAAUCCAUCCAAGCAGCCCAAUGCCAGCUUUGCCUGUGGUAGCCAAAGCCUCCUGCCUUCUAUGGCUCUAGGCUGCUCACCCCGUGUGGCCUUCCUGGGCCCCCCGCCAGCCCCUGCAGCCAUGAUAGGCAUCGGUGGCCUUCACAGCUCACUGCUUCCCUCCCAGUACAGCCCUGCUUGGCUUUCCACAGGUCAGGGUGGGAGACAGCCAGGGAGGGCUUCUGGGGCCCCCCAGCCAUAGCAAAUUACUUUUCUCCCUGGGGAGCUGGGCUAUAGCCUCCAUGCCCACUCAGGAAUGCCCUGAAGUACAAGCUGCCCUCGGAGGAGGCACUGUUCUCACCGGGGCUGGACUGGCCAGGCUGGGGCCAGUCCAAACAGGACCUUCAGCUGCUCCAUUAACCAUCUACCUGGUGAUAGCAUCAGGUAGCCACCCCACUGUGAGGCAUGACAGGUGGUGUUGGGGCUAGAGUUCUGGCUGGCCAGACCAGGGUGCUGUACCGCUGCAGGCCAAGGCUGACAAAUGCUAGCUGGACGCCAUUGACCUGGAGGCUUCCUGGGGAACUACUGGGGGCAGAGCCAGACGUCCAAGGAACCUCAAGUCCUAGAUCUGAGACAACUUCCUCUCAGCACCCCCAUGAGCCUACUGCAUCCCGGUUUCUGAUCCCGGGAGGCAACACCGUCAGCUUCACAGGAACAGAGAUAGGACUAGCUUGACCUCCUGGUGGAGGUGGCAAGAUGGUGAGCAAGGUUUGGUCCUGAUGUAAAUGUCCUGCCGGGAGGGGUGGCCUAUAGUUGCAGAGGACUAUGGGUACCUUCUGGAGAGGGCAGGCUUGUCUGAGAGACAUUCAGCUCUGAAGGGGCAGUAGGAAGUGUCCAGGGUAAGGGUGAGGCCCAGAGGAAGACCCAAGCAGGAGGGUACAGGCCUGGAGGCUGGGACUCAGUCCAAACAACCCCUCCCUGCCUCCUUGCUCACCUUGUCCCUGCAGGGGACUUGUCAGGUGACUCCUCCCCUACUCUCCCUCCACUCCAUACCCACACCCGGGCUGUCUCCAACAACAGAAGCAUGAAUAAAGUCCUGAGGCCAGAGCAGCAGCCUGGCCCUCGGUAAGGGAUAUCCUGGUCUCUGUGGAAGGGGCAGGUGGAGAGCCCUGAGCGGGCUGGGGUUUGGCUGUCUCUCUGGUCAAACGGAGGGGCUGUGGUGGGAGACAGGGACACUAACUGGAGCUUAGGCCAUCCCUGUGAAGGAGGAGUCCCAGGGCUGGUGAGUUUGAGAAAUGCUGCUUACUGUUUCCCCUCACCCUCCCUCCCAAGCUAGGACACUGCUAUAUCUGUGAUUUGGGCCUUAGAGGAAACCUUUGACCUUCUGGAGCGGGUAGUCUCUCUCUGACCACUGUGGCAGACACCUUGGCACCUGUGUGGCUGGCUGCUGGGCUUGGGGACCAGGUGAGCACUCAGAAGUAGGAGGAACCGAGCAUGAAUACAGCUCAGCCCUUACCCUCCCCACAGUUCUUCACCGGUACAAUAGAAGGGUACCAGCACCCAUCAGCCACCGUCGGCACAUCUGCAGCUGCAGAGAAGCUGAGACUGACUGACUUGCUGCCCUUGGCCUCCAAUCUGUCCUGACCCCUUGACCUCCUGGGCCACCCCUAUCUCCAGCCACCUACAUCCCAGGCCCUGCUUGAUCUCAGGCUGGACCAACAAAGAGAGGCCAGUUGCUCCUGGCAGCCCCGGCUGCUGGGGCAAAUCCUGGUGCCAGCGGGGGCUGCAGGGGCCCCCCGAGGCCUGCAUUGCUCCCCAGAUGGCCUGCUCUUCUUGACGGCUGGCGCUGCAUCCUGUGUCCAUGUGCUGGAUCUGGAGGGACGUUCCAUUUGUCAACUAUCCUGCUGCAUGCCUAGAACCGGAGCCUUUGUUCCAGAGGAUGUGGCUGUGACAACUUCGGGGCUUGUGGUGGUUAGCGACCUCAUCCAUGGGGCGGUGUCUGCUCUUCAGUACACUUCCCGGGAACCCCAGGGCCGCUGGGUGACUGUAGGCACAUUCUUGUCCCCCCGAGGGCUGGCUGUGGAUGCCUUUGGCCACUUCCUGGUGACAGACUACUUGCCUGGAACUGUGCACAGCUUCAUGUUGGGACCAACUUGGGAGACCCUGGCUCCAGCCUCUAUGCUAGGUCUGGAGGGCCCCUGUUGGGUAGGUCCAGGGCCUGAUGGGGGCCUUGCUGUGAGUGAAGAGUUUGGGGAUGUGCAGCUGUUUGGCAGUGCCCACCAGCGUCUGGGCUCCCUGGGAACCUUGACUGGGCAUAGCUUUGGCCAUCCAGCGGGUGUGUGCUCUGACUCGGAGGGUAGCAUUCUUGUGGCUGAUGAGCAGAAGCACCAGGUAACCCUGUUUCCCCGGGUUGGGCCACCCAUCUGCUUGCAGUUGGAGGGACUGGAGAGACCCUUGGGUAUGGCCUGUACUCCCCAGGGCCAACUGGUGGUGGCAGAUGCAGGGGACAGCUGCAUCAAGGUGUACCAGUAUCUUGGAGAGAUGGCCUGAGGGUAGGCUCUGGGGAGAAUAGCCCCUUGCUAUGACUGGCCAGCCCUGAGUCCUUUGUAUUAUCCUAGAAGUUUGGUGGGCUCCUGGGGGGAUGCUGAGCCUGCUCUGACACCUGGCCUUAGCUGGCCUUCUGAUUUCCCCUUGGUAAGUGCUCCUGUCUACUCAGCAGUCAUGAAUCACCACCUCCCCAUGAGGCUCUAAACUAGGCCAUCUCCAUAUCCCUGUUCAGUAUGCCCCUGGCCCUUUAUGCCCCCAACCCACAAGGGCCACCCAGUCCCUAGCUGUGCUAGCUUGGGUCUCAGGAGUCCUGAGCUUUCAGGCGACACUUGAAGCUACAGAUCCUGGGUGCUGAGCCCAUCCGCCAGUGCAUAGCCAGGCAACAUCUCCUGCCAGGUGCCCCAACCCUAACAUCCUAAUCAGAGGCAGGCAGGCAGGGAGGGAGGGUGUGGCUAGCAGGGCUGGGCAGCUUGGGGCAAGGGUGUGGUCUCUUAGUGCCCCAGCCCGGAGCCUCAGAGACAUCCCCAUUCUUGAGCCUCCAGCAGCAACUCUGGGCCUAACAGAGGUAAGGGGUAGACAAAUUAGAGGGACAAACCCUGGAAGUGUCCUGGAAGGAACACAUGGCAAGGGGUGGGUCUCAAGGUCCUCUCCUGUACAUAUCCCAUUUUGAAAGAGGUCUUCAGUUUCUCCUGCAAUCCGGGUCCAAACCACUCUUGAGCUCUUGGGUCGGGUACCGGGUGGCACAGUCCUUUCUUUCAUACUCUUCCAUUCAAGACAGGAAAAUGUUGGCCUUUCCUCCCAUGUUACAAAUGAGAUCUGGAAGGGGAGGAGCGUGUGUGUGUGUGUGUGUGUGUGUGUGUGUGUGUGUGUGUGUGUGUGUGUGUGUGUGUGUGUGUGUGUGUGUGUGUGUGUGUACUCAGUGAGAAUCCGGGUUUCAGUCCGCCCCUUCAGGGUGUGGGAUGGCACAGUCAGCCUGUCAUCUGGACAUUGAGAUCUGUGGUUUAUAACACCACACCUGUCGCCCCUCCAGGUUAUUCCAAUAUGCCCUGAUCAUUAUGUUGUGGGGGAUUAAUGGACAAUGUAAGAUCUUUGCGUGUAAGUAAAUGCUCAAUAAACAGUUGCUGCGUUUUUA